UUUAUUAAUUAAUUAUUUGUACUACUCGACGGUGGAAGUGACUCCUAAGGCGAAGACGACAACAACGGUCAAUGAAGAUGCUGAUAUAUUACCUAAUUUCGUCUGCAAGUAUUUCACCUAGUGAUAUAUAAACUGCUAACCGAGAUAUUCAGAUACACAACAAUUAUGUAAUACCGCAUGCAACCAGAAAAGUAUACAAGUGAAAGUAACCCAAGACACUACCACAAUACAGCUUGAGCGGUUCAGUAAGAUGUUUCUCACCACCCUAUUAGUUUGUUUUUUCUCGGACAUUGCAUUUGGAGAUUAUUAUAAAGUUCAACCCGAUUUCGUUAAAACAUGUCUGAAGGACGACCCAGGAUUCAUCAAUUGUUCUACUCAUGCUGUACAAAUUUUAUUCAACAAGAUACCAGAAGGUUUGCCAGAAAUCGGAUUACCUCCUUUAGACCCCUUACAUUUAGAUGAACUCAAAAUCUUGCAGGGUGGUGGUGGACCUGUGACAGUUAAUGCAUCUCUCACAAAUGUGACAAUAAGAGGAUUUGGAAAAACGAAGAUUCUAUAUAACAGCGUGGACCCAAAGACAUAUGAUUUCUUAACAAAACUGCAUUUGGAUAGACUGAGAUUGGAAGGUGACUACAAACUACUUGGACGUAUUCUUGUUAUUCCUUUGAGAGGUAAAGGAAACUGCUGGUUUGAUGCAAAAAAUAUAUCGAUAGUAGCCAAAAGUGAUGUCACGUUGAUUAAAAAAGGUGGUUUCACCUUUUACAACAUAACUGGAAUCCACGUAAAAUUCGAUAUUGGAGGCUUGAAAUUCCACAUGGGUAAUUUGUUUGAUGGUAUCAAGGCUUUAGAGGAAUCAACUAAUACUUAUUUGAACGCUAAUUGGAGACCAGUAGCAGAUUCCCUAAAUCCAAUUUUGACAAAAACAAUAGAGGACAUCAUGAUAGGAAUAUUGAAAACAGUUUUCGAUAAUCUACCAGCCGACUUUUUCUUAGGGGAUAUUGGUGAAGAUUUGGACAGCAACAUUUCGUAGUUUCAGCUCGAAUUAUUAUGACGAAAGCUGUUAAAUUCAGCAAUAUUAUGCAUCUUUUUGAUCGAGCGUUUCUGAGUUAUUUCAGAAGUUGGUUGCACUUAAAUUUAACUCGACUAGUUAUUUGGAUCUCAUGCCUAAUUAGACUUGCAUUCCGAUGUUAUUAUUUGGCGUUUUGAAUUUCAGCCGAAUAUUGGAAGUUUCAAGAUUUACUUGAGAAAAUUAUGAAAUUCAAAUUGAGCUUUAAGAUUUCAUCACAAUCACAAAUAUUAUUUUUAAGGAAUAGACGAAAUGUAGAUAUUGUAUAUAUAAGACCUAAAUGAUAUAGGUAAGGGAACAAUUUUAUGAUAGAACAGAAGUGAUAGGGUACAAAAAACUAUGUACAUUUACAAAUGUAUAUCAUAUUUACUUUCACUUGAAUUGAAUUUCCAAAAAGUUACAGAAUAUUCAAAUAAUUCGAAUUUUAAAAAAUUAACUAAUUUUUCAGUUGGUUUUACAACCAAAACACAAAAUAAAAAUAAAAUAAAAUAG